AUGGACUUCAAGGGCGAGUCGGCCUCGCCAGCGGUGACGAGCCCGGACGGGCUGCACGGGCUGCACCGCGUCUCGCGGCACCCGAUGCUCUGGUCGCUCGCCGCUGUUGGGCUCGGCGGCGCGCUGGCCGUCCCCUCGGCGCCGCAGGCAGUGUGGCUGCUCGGCCCUGCCGCGAUGGCGCUGCUCGGCGGAGCGCACAUCGACUACCGCCACCGCCGCGGCGAGGGAGGCACGCUGAGCGCAGAGACGGAGCGCGUCACCUCGCUCCUCCCAUUCGCUGCGAUGGCGGCGGGCGCGCAGGCCGAGGGGGCGCUGGGCUCGCUGCAGGCGCUGGCACGCGAGCUCAAGGUCGAGAAUGCCGUCCUGGGCGUGCUGCUGGCGGCGAGAUGUCGACGGAUCGAGUAUCGUAGCCAUCUGCAAGGUGGCACGAGCGCACUAAAG